UCUCUCACCGCGGAUUUCAACCCCGUGGAACCUCUCCUCCCCCCCCCCCCCCCCUCUUCCUCCGGAAAGUCAUGUCCCCCGCCGAUAUCAAGGACGUUGAGAAUGGGCCCGGUCCCAUCGUCGAGGAGGAUGGCGCCACGUGGGAGAACGAGCACGACCUGAAGGUGCCGUCCGUCGAGAAGGACCCCUUCGGCUCCGAGGCCGUGGGCGAGGUGCACUACAAGACGCUGGAGUGGUGGCAGUCGGGCGUCCUGAUGAUCGCGGAGACAGUGUCGCUGGGCGUCCUGUCGCUGCCGGCCACCGUCGCGGCCAUCGGCCUCAUCCCCGCCGUCAUCCUCAUCGUCGGCCUGGGCAUCGUCGCCACCUACUCUGGCUACGUGAUCGGCCAGUUCCGCGCCAGAUACCCCUUCAUCCACAGCAUGGCCGAUGCGGGCGACGUCCUGAUGGGUCCCCUGGGCCGGCACUUCAUCGAGGCCGCCCAGCUGAUCUUCUUCAUGUUCGCCUCCGGCAGCCACCUGGUCACCUUCACCGUCAUGAUGAACACCAUCACCGACCACGGCACCUGCUCCGUCGUCUUCGGCGUCGUGGGCCUGGCCCUGUCCUUCGUCUUCUCCCUGCCGCGCACCAUGAAGAACGUCUCGUGGUUUGCCAUGACCUGUUUCGUCAGUAUCUUCUCCGCCGUCAUGAUCACCAUGAUUGGAGUCGGCAUCGAGCGCCCCUCCCAUGCGCCCAUGCAGCUCACCCGCCCGACCACCUUCGUCAAGGGCUUCUCCGCCGUCACCAACAUUGCCUUCGCCUACUGUGGCCACCCCGCCUUCUUCGGCUUCAUCGCCGAGAUGAAGCACCCCAAGGACUUCCCCAAGUCGCUCUGCAUGCUCCAGGGCUUCGAGAUCAUCCUCUACACGGUCGCCUCCGCCGUCAUCUACCGCUACGCCGGCCAGGACGUCAAGUCCCCGGCCCUGGGGUCGGCCGGCCCCGUCGUGCGCAAGGUCGCCUACGGCGUCGCCAUCCCCACCAUCGUCAUCGCCGGUGUCGUGCUCGGCCACGUCGCCAUCAAGAACGUCUACGUGCGCAUCUUCCGCGGCACCGAUAUCAUGCACACGCGCAGUGCCCGCAGUAUCGGCGCCUGGAUCGGGCUCGCGGCGGCCUACUGGGUCAUUGCCUGGAUCAUCGCCGAGUCCAUCCCCGUUUUCAGCGACCUCGUCAGCUUGAUUAGCGCCCUGUUCGCGAGUUGGUUCUCAUUCGGCCUCCCCGGCAUCUUCUGGCUGUACCUGUACCGGGGCCAGUACUUCACCACGUGGCGCAGGACGCUGCUCACCCUGACCAACGUGGGGCUGUUCCUCAUCGGCGCCACCAUCUGCGUGUGUGGCCUCUGGGUGUCCGGCCUGGCCAUCCACGACGACACGGGGGGUGGCAGCUUCUCGUGCGCCAAUAAUGCCUGAGAGGGGACGCCCCGUGUGACUGCUCCCGGUGGGCUGUAUAUAUGAUAGACUUGUAUUAUAGUAUAGAUUUAUGUUUAAUAUUAUACCCCUCUGCAUGAUUCUGCAAUCUGAAUCUGAAC